UUUAUUAAGGGGUUGAGGCAGUACGGCAAGAACUUCUUCAGGAUCCGAAAGGAGUUGCUUCCGAAUAAGGAGACUGGAGAACUAAUCACCUUCUAUUACUAUUGGAAGAAAACCCCUGAAGCAGCAAGUUCUCGAGCCCACCGUAGGCAUCGAAGGCAGGCUGUGUUUCGGAGAAUUAAAACUCGAACUGCUUCCACUCCAGUCAACACACCCUCCAGGCCCCCCUCCAGUGAAUUCUUGGACUUGAGUUCGGCCAGUGAGGAUGACUUUGACAGCGAGGACAGCGAACAGGAACUGAAGGGCUACGCCUGUCGUCACUGCUUCACAACCACCUCCAAGGACUGGCACCACGGCGGUCGAGAAAACAUUUUAUUGUGCACUGAUUGUCGCAUUCACUUCAAAAAAUACGGAGAGCUGCCACCCAUUGAGAAGCCUGUAGACCCUCCACCCUUUAUGUUUAAGCCUGUCAAAGAGGAAGAUGAUGGACUUAGUGGAAAGCAUAGCAUGAGGACAAGGCGGAGUCGAGGCUCGAUGUCUACACUACGUAGUGGUCGUAAAAAGCAGCCAGCCAGCCCCGAUGGUAGAGCCUCACCUAUUAACGAAGACGUCCGUUCCAGUGGCCGCAACUCUCCCAGCGCUGCCAGCACCUCCAGUAAUGACAGCAAAGCAGAUUCAGUGAAGAAGUCUACCAAGAAGAUAAAAGAAGAGGUGUCUUCUCCUCUCAAGAACUCCAAGAGGCAGCGGGAAAAGGCAGCUUCUGACACAGAGGAACCUGACAGGUCCAAUGCCAAAAAAUCCAAAACUCAAGAGAUCAGCAGGCCAAACUCUCCCUCGGAGGGCGAGGGCGAAGGCGAGAGCUCUGACAGCCGCAGUGUCAAUGACGAAGGGAGCAGUGAUCCCAAGGACAUUGACCAGGACAACCGGAGCACAUCGCCCAGCAUCCCUAGCCCUCAAGACAAUGAGAGUGACUCAGAUUCCUCUGCCCAACAGCAAGUGCUGCAGGCACAGCCCCAGGUGCUGCAGGCACAGAGUGGUUCUGGCCAGGCUCCCCCUCCUACGCCACCUGUAUCAGCCCAGCUACCAGCUCCAAAUCCAGCUCCACCGCAGGUCUCGCCGUCAGCAUCCCAGCCCUCCGGCCAGCCCCAGGCCCCUGCGCCGCCGCCGCCGCAUUCUCACAUACAGCAGGCCCCUGCGUUGCACCCGCAGAGGCUGCCAUCGCCCCAUCCACCUCUGCAGCCCUUGAGCGUGUCGCAGAGCCAGCCGACCCCGGCCUCUUCGCAGCCGCACUCGCAGCCGCCGCUCCACAGUCAGGCCCAGCCAGCCCCUCACAACCUGCAGGCUCAGCCCCUCCUGCCUCAUCCUGUACCUUCCCAGCCAUUUUCCCUCCCCACUCAGUCAUCUCAGUCUCAGGUUCCCCUUCAGACACAAGCACCAUCUCAUUCUCACUCCGCUCUCCAGGUUCAGGUGACGCAGCCUGUCCUGCCAGCUGCAACCUCGCUGCAGCAGGCUCAGCCUCCACGGGAGCAGCCCUUGCCCCCUGCACCCAUGGCCAUGCCUCACAUCAAACCUCCCCCUACUACCCCAAUCCCUCAGCUCCCCACUGCUCCAUCUCACAAGCACCCUCCUCAUCUCUCUGGCCCAUCUCCAUUCUCAAUGAACUCCAACUUGCCUCCACCACCUGCUUUAAAACCUCUGAGCUCCCUCUCAACUCAUCAUCCUCCUUCUGCACACCCUCCUCCUUUGCAGCUGAUGCCUCAAAGCCAACCACUGCAGUCUUCACAAGCCCAGCCUCCUGUACUGACACAGAGCCAGAGUCUUCCCCCACCUGCUAAUCACCCCCCAUCUGGACUCCAUCAGGUAUCCUCCCAGCCCCCCUUUUCUCAGCAUCCAUUUGUCCCAGGAGGCCCAUCUUCCAUCACCCCUCCUUCUUGCCCCUCCACUUCCACGCCACCCACUGUGCCUGGCAUCCCACUUCAGACUUCCAUCUCCACAUCAGCAGCUUCUAGUGGAAACGUGCCAGUGGUGACAGCCUGCACACUGCCACCUAUUCAAAUCAAAGAAGAAGUCCCAGAUGAAGCUGAGGAACCAGAAAGUCCUCCCCCUCCACCCAGAAGCCCAUCACCAGAACCUACUGUGGUGGAUACACCAAGUCAUGCUAGUCAGUCAGCCAGGUUCUAUAAGCACUUGGACCGUGGCUACAAUUCAUGCUCAAGAGCAGACUUAUACUUCAUGCCUCUGGCAGGAUCAAAACUGGCCAAGAAGAGAGAAGAGGCCAUUGAAAAGGCCAAAAGAGAAGCAGAGCAGAAAGCCAGAGAAGAGAGAGAAAGAGAAAAGGAAAAAGAGAAGGAAAGAGAGAGGGAGCGGGAGCGUGAAAGAGAAGCAGAAAGAGCUGCGAAGGUAUCCAGCUCCUCCCAUGAAGGCCGUCUUGGAGAGUCUCAGCUCAGCGGGCCAGCACAUAUGAGACCUUCAUUUGAACCUCCACCAACGACCAUUGCUGCUGUACCACCUUACAUUGGUCCAGAUACACCUGCUUUACGAACACUGAGUGAAUAUGCCCGUCCUCAUGUCAUGUCACCAACAAACCGCAAUCAUCCCUUCUUCGUGCCCCUGAACCCCACUGAUCCACUUCUGGCCUACCAUAUGCCUGGCCUCUACAACGUGGAUCCCACCAUUCGGGAACGAGAGCUGCGAGAGAGGGAAAUCCGGGAGCGAGAAAUCCGGGAAAGGGAGUUGAGAGAGAGGAUGAAACCUGGCUUUGAGGUGAAGCCCCCAGAGCUGGAUGCACUGCAUCCAGCUACUAACCCCAUGGAGCAUUUUGCCAGGCACGGUGCACUGACUAUUCCCCCAACAGCAGGACCUCACCCAUUUGCUUCCUUCCAUCCGGGUUUGAACCCCCUCGAAAGAGAGAGACUUGCACUGGCAGGCCCACAGUUACGGCCUGAAAUGAGCUACCCUGACAGACUGGCAGCAGAGAGAAUACACGCGGAGCGGAUGGCAUCGCUGACAAAUGACCCGUUGGCACGGCUCCAGAUGUUCAACGUUACGCCCCACCAUCACCAACAUUCACACAUACACUCGCAUUUACACCUACAUCAGCAGGAUCCCUUACACCAAGGUGAGCCCAGGGAGCUGGAUUACAAAGUGGUUCAAUUGGAGGCAGGUUUGUACCCCAUUGAUAGUAGAAGAAAUUUGUCAGAGAUUGUGUCUAUACCAGGAUUCUGUUGUCAGGCAGCUGGACCCCAUUUGGCACGUUUUCCCUACCCACCUGGGACCAUCCCCAACCCAUUGCUAGGGCAGCCACCUCAUGAGCAUGAAAUGCUCCGACAUCCAGUCUUUGGUACUCCUUAUCCACGAGAUCUGCCUGGUGCCAUCCCACCUCCUAUGUCAGCAGCCCACCAACUGCAGGCCAUGCAUGCCCAAUCAGCAGAGCUGCAAAGACUGGCAAUGGAGCAGCAGUGGUUGCACGGGCAUCCUCACAUGCAUGGUGGUCAUCUACCAAGUCAGGAAGAUUAUUACAGUCGACUGAAGAAAGAAGGCGACAAACAGUUGUAAUAAAUUAUUUAUUUGUAAUGCUGGCUAUGGAAACCCCAGUCCUUGGGAAGGAGUGGAACAUUUUUACAUACAAUAAGAGCUACAAAAGGAAAAGAAUAUCUUAUAAAGAUUUCUUUAUAUAUUUAAAACAAACAACCACCCAACAAGUAGAGACUUAUCAGCAUAGUGUUCAUUUGUAGAGAAGAUUUCUCAAGACUGGCGUGGGUCUCCCUGCAUGACAACGUAUUCAGAAGCCUAUUGAAAGUACAGGACUGUGUGGAAAAUUCAGAGAACUUCCUGCAAUCUUGUUUUUUUUUUUCUUACUAGUUUGUUUUGAGUAGGUGCUAGAAUCAGGUUCACAACACGAGUCACUGUGCGUGAAGAGACACUCAAUGCAUCUAUAGCUAUUUUAAAAAAAAACAAGGAUUGCAAGUAGGUGACAUAACAAGCUCUGAAUCCAAGUGCUAUAAUAAUAAAAAUCUACUUUUAUUUUAAUACAUUGUAGGAAAUCUUCAUAAUUUUAAAGAGAGCUCAGUUCUGCAGCAUGGCUUUUUAAGUCUGUAAAUAACUUUUUUGAGUAGAGGGGAGAAACAAAACAAAACUCCAGAAAC